UUUAUUACAUCUUCACGAAGACAACUUAUUUAUAGAAAUUGCAAUCCUGAAUUCUUCUUCUGUCAACAACAGAAAUCAUCAUCGAACGUUGAUCGGAGAUGAGACGACGACCAGGAAUUGGCGGUUUACAAACUGCCGCCGCUGCUAGGGAUCAAUACAGACUAUUGGGAGAGAAUGUCGCCAAAUUACGAACCGAUCUUAUGAAAGAACAACUCUCCACUUUUCGUUCUCAGUUAGAAGACUUUGCUCGCAAACACAAGAAUGAUAUCAAGAAGAAUCCUGCUUUUAGAUCACAGUUUCAUGAGAUGUGUGCUAAAGUAGGUGUGGAUCCACUAGCGUCGAAUAAGGGUUUUUGGGCUGAGCUGUUGGGGAUUGGUGAUUUCUAUUAUGAGCUUGGGGUGCAAAUUGUUGAUAUUUGCUUGGCUACUAGACCGAUUAAUGGUGGUUUGAUUAAUUUGGAGGAACUCUGCAAGAUGCUAAGUCAGAGAAGAAAAGGUGCUCGUGAGGCAGUCUCGGAAGAUGAUUGCUUGCGUGCAAUUAGUAAACUAAAGGUGUUAGGGAGUGGUUUUGAAGUCAUUACUGUUGGAAAAAGAAAACUUGUUCGUUCUGUCCCAACUGAAUUGAAAAAAGAUCACAAUGAAAUACUGGAGUUAUCCCAGGCUCAAGGUUUUGUGACAGUUGAAGAAGUAGAGAGGCGUCUAUCGUGGUCCACUGGGCGUGCCACUGAUGCCCUUGAAACUUUAUUAGAUGAGGGCCUUGCGAUGAUUGAUGAUGGCCACAGAGAUGGCAAACGGCGUUAUUGGUUCCCUUGUGUGUCUUCUGUCUCUUCCUUUGUGGCAUCUGAGACUCUUUGACUUUCUUCUGGUCAACUGUGUAAUCUCAUGUGUGUAAUCAUUAAAAAUAUUCAGUGUGCAAUGAACAAAUUGGUGAACUUUAUUUACCUUUCGGUAAAGUCAAAAGUAACUUUUAGAUACCAAA